UCGAAAUUUAAAAUGUGAAAUUUCAAUCACAAGUGUAAUUAUACGAAAUAAAAUAUUUCUUAGUGCAUCACAAUUUUCUGUUUUAAAAUGUUAUAUAUUUGUCUAAUAAAGGAUGAUGACAUCUUGUGUUAAAAAAAGAAAAAAAUAAUAAGUACCUUUUUCCAAUUGAAAAUAAUCACAUAUAAUUACAUUAAAAUAACAUGAUGUUUUAAAUCGUGUAAAUUAUUUACAUAAUAAGUUAAAAUGGAAAAGGAAACAAAUGUUUGCAAUGAAAUUUAUUUUAAUAUAAGAAGUUUUGCAUACUUUUGGGCGUCUAAAUAUUUCCUAUACACAAUUGAUAGUGAGUGUGUGUGUAUGUUAUAAAUAAAAUAACAAUAAUUGCGAGAAAGAGAGCAUGAAAUAAAAAAGGUUAUAAAAUAUGUAAUUCAAAACUUUAUUAACCUUUAAAUGAAUACUUGCAGUAACAGUUCUUCAUUCCUUUAAUAAAACAAAAAGCUAUCAAUUAAAAAAUUUUUGCUUGUAAGCACGUUUAUUUUACAUAUGCAUAUACUACUUAACUAUAUACAUAUGUAUGUAUGAACGUACGUAUGAACAUAUGCAUGGGUUUUGAAGUAUAUAAAUUUUAUAUAAAUAAGAGAAAGUGCAACAACAAGUAAAUACAAAAUAACAAAAAACAAUUUAAAGAAAAGUAUUUUUACAAACACUUACAAAUAAAUGUACAUGGUCUUUUAUACCUACAUACAGAUAUAAAUAUUUACGUAAGUUUGUCUGUGAAUGUGUAGAAGGAGAAAAAUUAAAACAAAAAUAACAACAUGCAUAUAAUUGCAUUGUGUUCUUAUUCCAAGGACAUGUGCUAUUGUUUUUGUUGUUGAAUAAACAUUAUUUGUGUAUGUCAGUGUCAUCACUAGCAUCAUCUUCUUCAAUUACAAGAGAAGUGGCUAUGGAAACAGCAGCAGCAGUUACAAAAACGUGCAGCAAUAUUACACGCGUAUUAAAACGAUAUAUUUAACACAAGUAGUUUAUUUAAUAUACACUACGACUAAGAAGUAAAAACAAAAAAUUCGAAAUUGCAAUUAAAUACAUUAAGGAUAUUGUUUGUAUCCUAGCUAUACAAAAAAAUGUUUUUAUUCUAUGCCACUCUGCUUGUAAUUUUAACACAAAUGUCCGAACUUGUAGCAGCUCGAUUUUGCGAAGGUGGUCAUAUAUGUUCCUUACCCAGGGAGUGUUGUACACAAGGAUGCUGCCCACCUUACCAAAGUGGACCACGUCAGUUGCCACCUCCAUCUGAACAUGUGCUAAAUCUUUUUUUUAUAAGUCAUUGGUUUUUUUGGUGUGUUGUGGUAGCAAUUAUUUUAGCAAUCCUAUGUGCCUAUUCGCUGUGGAAAAAGAGACGCACGCUUUGUGGCUGGGGUUUCAACGAACAUCAUGUGCAAUCGGAAGGCGAUUCGGCUGGUUCGUGCUAUGCUCCACCACAAUAUAGUCGUUGUAAUUCGUUUCAUCAUCCACCGCCUCCCUAUACGGAGGUUACAUCGAAACCGGACUUAUACCCACUGGUGUUCACAUGCAAUAGUGAUAAUGGUAAAAACGGUUCCAGUUACCUAAUGGUGCAAUAUUUUCGUAAUUAUAUAGUGCGUCCAGCUGGCUCUUUGUCAGCAGCUAGUACGGUAGAUUCACUUAGUUCUAGUUUUAUAUGCAACAUCAACGAAGCAAAUACUCUGGUACCACCGCCGUAUUCAAGGGCGGCUAGCCCUGAAAUAGGUUUCAGUCCACACUUUCAGCAGCAGUAUAUGAUGCCCCGUUCGGCAUCUCAGCUGGUGUGCCCAAAUGUGGGGAAUGGUGGCGUAUUGAUGGCUAGUGGCACAAGCGGGAAUGUUAACAGCCAGUUUGAAAUGAAUAGCAGUAGCUCAAAUGCUAAUCCGCAAUACAAUUACAAUAAUGGACGAAAUAAUAGUCAUUAUGGUCCAGUCAGUAGUCAAAUUAAUGCCACAGCUAUUGGUCGGCUCAAUGGUGUGGGAAGUACAGGCAAUGAAAGAAUGUCCCAUUAUAAUGGUAAUAUUAGGGAAUUUGAAAACGACGUGACCUACGAUAAUGGAGGCAGCGGGAUUACUAGUGUAGGUGAUACGGAAGAGCGCACAAACGGCGAUCGUAACGAUGGAAAUGUGAUAAACAAUAGUAAUAGUAGCACUGAUUUACGUACGCUACCCAAUAGUAGUGGUUUCGUACAGUCCCAAAGUGAUCAACAGUUCUGUUAUAUAACGAACAGCAACAGCAGUAUUAGUGAUAUUUUUGCAAACAAUAGUUGUGCAGCGGGAAUUGGAGGAAAUACAAGCAAUAGACUGCAGCCACGCUCGGAAGAUUCUUCUCUAGUCGGUUCAAUUUCUGGUGCAGGUGCCGUCGUUCAUCCUCAACUUGGUGGCACGCCAGUAAUUUACAGCAACGGCUGCAUCAAACCGAAUCCCCUACAUCGUGUUAGCACUAAUCCUACGCAUUUUCACGUAGAUUCAUCGACUAGAGAGCCAGUUUUCUACCAGUCGAACAAUUCUUUAGGAGGUAUAUCCGUAACAGUUCCUAACGGUAUCGAAUUUGAUUCAACCAUGGUUCGCAAUGACAACGAAAUUCGGGAUUUGCAAUUCUUACGGCGCAGUUUAGAAACUUGCUGUCAGCUAUUGCAGCAACAACAAAAGGUGCCUUCGGGGAGCUUUGCGGUAGGAGAUUCGCCAUUACGUAUGAACGAUCUGAGCAAGAAAUACAUUGAUGAUGGGCUCUUGCGUAGUUAUGUAACUUCGGGUACCUGUUCAGGCGUUAGCAGUUUGGCAAAUGUGGGAACACCAAGUUCACCACCACAGGCCACAAGUCCUACCGGAGAGGUUAAGGAAAUACUCGACCAGAUUCGCCAGCUGCAAGAAGGUGUCAGCAAAUACGAAGAAGAUUUAGUUUUUCGAACAUCGUCGACUAGACCUAUGCUGCACCAUACUAUGUCUUCACCAUCGCCUGCAGUUAAUAAAUGUACUUCGCCCGCCUCGGAAUCGGGAGGGAAACUUCAACGUAUAGCCACCAUGCCUGAACAGCAAACAUUAGUCGAAGCUUCAAAAACCAACCGCACUGCAAAUUCUACUAUUAACAAUUCUCUCGCAAACUCUGUACAAUCGAUUCCAUCGGCAACGUCGUCAGUAAUUGUUGCUGCCAAAAUGACAAAUAGCAAAUCAUCUAUUAAUAGCAACAGCGCUGGAAAUAGCACGGGCUUCACGUUUACAUCUUCCUCGAAACGACCCUCUACAUUACAACACAGCAAAAAACGCUUUUACACUUCCAAGCCACCCAACAAAGCUCUCUACAUUCCUAUGACGGCCACGAAUUGUUUGUCGUCAGGUAGCCGUUGCACUAUUCUCAAGAGUCCUGUAACUAGUGUUGUGAAUUCAAAUUUCUUUAUUAAUCGUGGCAACCGCCCAAGAAAAGGUUGGAUAUCAAGAUCAGCGCCCACAACUCCAGCUACUCCAUUACCUCCUAGCUAUUUGGGCGAUGACAGUCCGUUACUGAAUGAACAUGAUGAAGAUCCAGAGGGUGAACAAAAUGCCGAAAUGGAUAAUUAGGCAAAAACCUAAAUAUUUUUAUAGUUUGCACACCUUUUCCAUAUACAAGUACGCACAAAACUAAAAUGGCCAUCGAUGUGCAAAUGCAUACAAUCUUAGAUUCCAAAAUUGUGGUUAUAAAAAUACAAUAAGCUUGAAAAGAAAAUUCUAUAAUAUGUUUAGUUAAUAAAGUUGAGAUUUUUUUUCAUUUUUUAAUUAUUUUUGGAGAACUUCGGAUCAUAAUACUUCGCAUCAUUCAGCACUUGGCCUGAUAAUAGAAAAGUUUUUGGGGAUUGCAAAAUAAAUAAUAAUGGUCUUGCUUAGUUGUUGCUUAAUUAAGCCUUUUUUUAUAAAAUUUAUUUUGUUAUUUAGCGGAAAUUAUUUAAUACAAAUACGUGUUAUUAAGGUUAAAGUGCGAAAAAACAAAUCUGAAAUAAAAAUCUGAUCCCAAUUAUUCUGUAAAUCUCUUUUUGUGUUCAUAACAAAUAUUUUACAAAGAUCGCGAGAAUACAUACAUACAUACAUACAUACAUAAGUAUAUUCAUUCAUGCAUAUGUAUAAUAAAAAAAUUAUAGUUCAACGUCCAUUGCAUAUAUGCUAAAGUAUAUAUACUAAAUACUUUUCUAAAGAUUGAGCUGCGUUUAAUCGAAUCAAGACACGGCAAUACUGAUUCCCGGACACUUCUUAAAAGAAAUCCAAAAUUUAAUAUACACCAAAUUUAGGAGAUACUCUUUCCGGGAUAAGACUCUCUUAAAUUCUAAAUAAAUUUUCCAAUACAUUUCUGUUUUAAAAGUAUCACAAUGUCCAUGGACUUUACGACACUUUUGAAUGUGUCAUAACGUCCAUGGACAUUAUGA